CCGAACUCACUCACUUCAACCAUCUUCUUCUAGCUAUCCACUUCAAAAUCCAAACUACUUUGCUUCUCUCACAACUUCACCAUUUCCACAAGGAAUCAAAUUCCAACACAAACCCGGAAAAGAUUCUUCAAACCAAACCAUAAAUAUCUUCUCUUCAAUUAUCUUAUUCAUUAUUUAAUCAAUUAAACUCAUCAGAAAUUCAAUAGAAUAAAAUCAGUAUAACUAGGUUCCCCCAAAAUCUAGGGUAAAAAAUGGCUGCUAGAGCGAUUUCUGUGUUCGCUAUAUCAUCUACAGCUACUGCUGCUUCACCCACCGGUUACACUAAACAGGGUCAAUCUUUUUCUCCCUCUUUUCUAUCUUUUCCUCGGAAUUUUAAAUCCGAUUGUUCUUUAUUAGGGCAAAAUCUUUUGAUUCAGUCUUCAAAUUUAUCGCCUGUACCUCCUAAGAAGCAAACAUGCUCAGCUGUUACUGUUCUGUAUAGUCUCCCUACUGCCAAACCCGAGAGGGAGGCGGUGGAGAACACUCCAAAAUGGUCUGCGAGAGGAAUUAAAUCCUUCGCAAUGGGGGAACUGGAAGCAAGGAAGCUUAAGUACCCGAAAACUGGGACUGAAGCUCUUCUCAUGGGUAUCUUGGUUGAAGGAACCAGUAAUGCAGCAAAAUUUUUACGUGCAAAUGGUAUUACUCUUUUCAAGGUGCGAGAUGAAACUAUUGAAUUACUUGGAAAAUCAGAUAUGUACUAUUUCAGCCCUGAGCAUCCACCUCUAACUGAACAAGCUCAAAGGGCUCUAGAUUGGGCUGUUGAUGAGAAACUGAAAUCAGGUGAACCUGGAGAGAUAACCACAAGUCAUUUGCUUCUCGGCAUAUGGUCAGAGAAAGAAGCAGCAGGUCACAAGAUAAUGGCUACCCUUGGCUUUGAUGAUGAGAAAGCGAAAGAGCUUGCCAAGACUGCAAAUGAGGAUGUUACUCUUAGCAGUAGUUAACAACUGUACUUCCAAGUGGCAUAUUUAUUCUUUUCCUCAAAACUCAUAAAGAAGAAGAUUUCCGAAAAAAAGAAAUCAUGAUUUCUGCUCAAUGCAGAGUUUGUCUUGUCGGGAUUCUUUUUCACUUGUGAGUUUAUAAAUUUGUAGCAUGUUUGAGUACUUUUGUAACAGAACGGGAAUGUUUAUAAAGGCAGGCAAUUCAUCUUUCCAACUUGCUAAUACUGGGAUCCCCAACUCCAUUCCGUUGGAGUAUAGAAACAUACAGUUUUUCUUAUGAUGUGUUUGUGUAAACUCCUAUGUAGAAUGAUUUCUUCUGUUUUGGGUAGUACUGAGGUGAUCAGGUCA